AUGCGCGCGUGCGAGAUGGGCUUGCACGCGCCGGGUGUCGGUCGGGCGAACGCGCUUCUUGACACGUUUGUUGUGCUUGAUGCCUCGGCUCGGGCUCUUGUGGAGAGGCUAGGGAAAGAGGCGGGGACCGCUGCACGGCGGCGGCGACGGCAGUUGGCGGUGUGCGGUGCGGGGGAGGCGGGGUGGUCGACGUCGCGUUAG